AUGCCACGACACCAACGGGGCGCGUCCACCUCGCGGACGCUUCGCGUUUGCACUGUUCAGCAUAUUGUCGGUGUCCUUUCCCUCGUGCAUGCAGUAGUGUCCCCCCUCAAGGGCCCAAAGGCGCAGGUAUCCGUAGUACCAGUGCGCUACUGCACAAAAGUCUGCAGGCACAAAUUGAAUCAUGGACACUACGGUCCGCAGGUGUCUGACAGCUCAGCAUCCAAUUUCCCAAUUCGAAAGCACGACGCAGGGGCAUUUCCCAUCUUGAAAGUCGAAAGUGAGAUCUCAUAUCCGUACUCAGUGCCUUGCGUAUUUCGCUCCAGGUCCCCAUGUCCCGUCGUGUGUCAAGUACUCAGAAGUGCUGCGCAGGAUCCUGCAUUGGAUGUUGUGGGGUCAUUGAAAGCGAAGAAGAUUCGACUUCGUUAG